AUGCUAUUUUCCCGUGGAGGUUUCUUUACUUCCUCUGAUCACUUCCAUCACUUGUUCUGCGACCAGAAGAAUUCUGAGCCUCAAGGGGCCUUAUUGUGGCUCGUCCUAAGCGCGUUGUCAAUCUGUGUGCAAAAGGUCGAGUACGACUCUGAAUACACUUCAACACAGAGAUUGUGGACUCUUCUGAUUGCUUCCAAAGUCAGGAAGGCCAAGUUUAUAGAAACUGAAGCUUUCAUGAACUCCCUUUUCCAACAAGACAACGAGUAUGAUAUGCAUGCCCUAUGGACGCAGACCUCCAACUUCCUCUCGCCGGCAAAAAUGAUAAGCAAGAGAUCAGGGAAGACGAGCAAAAAGAUCCCCUUGAUGACGACUACGAUGACGGGCAAGGACUACAUGUAUAAUAAGGAUGUCCUAGGUGAUGAUGAUGACGAGGCAGAGUCUACUCCGUACCAAGCACCAGAAAGGCAGCCAAAGCCCGGCACAUUCGAUUCAACCCAGCGUUCGCCAAAGAAUGGCUGA